AUGGCACGAAAAAUUGGGUCAGUUCGUAUAGAGGUAUUGGAAGGUAGAAAUCUAGUUCCUAUGGAUAGCAAUGGAAUGAGUGACCCAUAUGGUGUUGUAAUAGUUGGUGAUAAAAAGAAAAAAACCAAAGCAAUUAAACAUACAUUAUUUCCAAAAUGGGAAUCUGAUAAUUGUUUCGAAUUCGAUAUUGAUGUAAAUUUACUAGCGAUUACAGUGGAAGUUUAUGAUUGGGAUAGAUUUAGUAGUGAUGAUAGAAUGGGGUUAACAAAUAUACCAGUUUCACAAAUUCAAGAAUAUAUAGUAGAUACAACUAAAUGGUAUACUCUUCAACCAAUGAAACCUAACGAUAAAGUAUCUGGUGAAAUUAAAUUAAAAAUUAGAUUCGAUAAAGAUAAAACAUUACCACCACCAGAAAAAAGUCCAUUUAUUAAAGCAAUUAAAGAUAAUGAUACACAAGCAAUUGAAUUGAUGAUGAAUAAAGCAAAAUUAGAUUAUACAAUUUGUGAUAACGAAGGUACACCAGCAAUUCAUAUUGCAGCAGCAUCAAAUAAUAUACCAUUGAUUACAAUGUUAUUAAAGGGAUCCGAUGCAAGAGUUUCAAUUAGAGAUCAACAUGGUAAUACACCAUUACACUUAUUUGUACAGAAAAAUGUCUCUUUAAAUUGUGAAGAUAUUAUCAAUAAAUUAAUUGAACGUGGUUGUGGUAUAAAUGAUGAAAAUAAUUUAGGUGAAACUGCAUUACAUAAAGCUUGUUUAGCUACUGUAGUUCAAAAAACUACAAUUGUUGAACAACUUUUACAAAAAGGUGCAAUUAUUAAUCAUCAAACAAAAACUAGAGAUACACCAUUACAUUAUGCAAUAAAAGUUGGUAAAGUUGAAUUUGUUAGAUUUUUCUUACAAAAUGGUGCAAAUGUUAUGAUAGAAGGUGGUAAACCAAGUAGAACACCAUUAGAGUUGGCAAAAGAAUUAGGUAAUCCUCAAAUUAUAAGUAAAGUUGAAAAAGUAAUAGAGAUUAGUGAUUGGUUAAAUGAAUUACAAUUGGAAACAUUGAUACCAAAAUUUAUAAAGAAUGAAAUCUAUAUGGAUGUUAUAACCGAUAUCAAUGAGGGAACAUUGGAUCUUUUAAAUAUUUCUGUAUCUGGUCAAAGAACUAAACUUUUAAGAGCAGUUAGAAAAAUAAAAGAUCCUUUAUCAUUAAGUUCAAAUUCUUCAUUAAGAUCAAAUAGUUUAAUUCAUGUUGAAAAUGAUAAUAAUAAUAAUAAUAAUAAUAACAAUAAUAAUAAUAAUAGCCAAGAGCAAUGUAAUAUAAAUAAUGAUAGUUUAGGUUCAGGAAAUAGGAAUAGUGGCGGAUUUAAAGCACAAAAUCAAAACAAUACUUUAAAUAAUAAUAAUGUAGAAAGUAAGAGUACAGGUAAUUUAAAUAGUUUAAAAAAUAUACACAAUGUAAAUAAUGAUAAUAAUGAAGAUAAAAAAAAUAAUAUACUAUCACCAAAUCCUAUACCUGCUUCUUCUUCAGCACCUGCUGCUCCUUCACCUGUAGCAAUUGGUUCAAAUACAACUACAACAACUACAACAGCAAUAGCAGCAACAACAACAACACUAACAACAACUGCAACAACAGAAGAUAAAACAACUACUGAAUCAACUACACCACCACAACAACAACAACAAACAACAACUAUAACACCAACUAAAACAACAACUGUAACACCAGAGGGACCAAAUUUAGAUGUAUCAGAUUUAUCAGUAUUAAAACAUAUAAAUUUAGAUUCAGAUAGUUGGGUUAUUGACGAAAAGACAUUAACUUAUAAUGUAUUAUUAGGUACUGGUGCAUCUGGUAAAGUAUAUAAAGGUACAUUUAAUGGACAAGAAGUAGCAAUCAAGGUAUUGAAAUCAUUCACCGAUAAAAAGGAUAUUGCAGAGUUUAAAAAGGAAUUUCAAAUUGUUAGUGCAUUGAGAGCACCAGGUGUUGUAUAUUUUCAUGGUGCAGGUAUAAAGGAUAAGCUUUGUAUCGUUAUGGAGUAUUGUUCACGUGGUAGUCUUUAUCAUAUUCUAAAGGAUGAUACAACUCAAUUCACUUGGGAUAACUUUUUCAAUCUGGGUACACAAGCAAUCAAUUCAUUGGAUUCCCUUCACAAUUGGACCCCACAAGUUUUACAUAGAGAUUUAAAGAGUUUAAAUUUAUUGGUCACCGAAAAUUGGACCGUCAAAAUUUGUGAUUUUGGUCUUAGUCGUUUCGAUACUGGUUCCAAUUUAGAGACCCUUGGUAAACUUAGAGGCACCUAUGCCUAUGUCGCACCAGAGGUUUAUUUCGGUAAAAAGUAUACAACAAAGAGUGAUGUCUAUUCAAUGGGUAUCAUUCUAUGGGAGAUGACUUAUCGUUGUAUCAAAGGUACUCAUCUAUUACCCUAUGCUGAAUAUCCACACUUGAAAUUUGAUUAUCAAAUCUUAAUCUCUUCCGCCAAAAAGGAUGUUAGACCAACUACACCAGAGAAUGCUCCAGAAUCUUUAAAAAAUUUAAUCGCAAGAACACUCGUUAAAGAUUCUACACUUCGUCCAACUACUCUUGAAUUCUAUGAAGAAUUACUAAAAAUUCGUGAUGAAUACAACGCAAAUAGAGAACAAUGGGAUUCAAUAAGAACUAUACCACCACAACAAUUACCAAAACCAAUAAUUAAUGAAGAAAUUAUUCCAUCAAUUGAUAGUAAUAAUAUUAAUAAUAACAACAAUAAUAAUAAUACCACUGUAACUUCUGAAAAACCAAAAUUAAGAUAUCAACCAUCAAAUUCAAACCUUUUAAAUAAUAAUAAUAAUAAUAAUAAUAAUGAUAGUGAUAAUAAUAUUUCAGAACCUGCUACUACUGAUUCAAUUACAAAACCAAUUUCAAAAGUUAAAGAACAAUUAUUAACUAGAACUCGUUCUUCCUCUUCUCCAAUGGAACCAAAAUCAAUUAAAAAAUAA